AUGGCCGCACCGCGGCUUUGCACUGAAAGCAGUGAGCUGUCGGCCUACUUUUCCGGCCAGUACCUCAAGGGUGAGCUCUACGAAGGUAGGUACUACAAGGAGGAUGCAGUGAACGACAUACCGACAUUCCGAUACGACGGACCAGAUGGCACCAUACAAACCUGGCAACAUGCUUUCAAUUUGCAAGAUCUCGCGCCUGCGGCUGAUGGUGUCAUCAUUCUCUACCACUACACCAACGAGCUUGGCUUCCAAAACGUGGGCAACAUGAGGCAGUCUGCGGCGGAGCUGUUUGCUUCGCUUGUUGCCGAGCGUGCCCACUUCGGCAAGGGUGUCUACACCACGCAGUAUGAGCCUACCGUGUGGCGGGAGAGGAUACGCGCCCUGCUAAACAACUACAGCAAUCUGGACCCACUGCGUGCGGAUCCCUUCGAUGAGGACGGCGAGAAGAGGAACCAAGAGUGGGGCCAAGGCAACGCGCACGGCCACCGGGCCGGUUUCUGCGUGCCGCUGAUAGUCCCAAAGAAGCUUGCCCACAAUAUCUUCGAGAGGCACACGCCUGACAUGGCCCAGAUUCGCAUCGAGGGACGACCUCUGAAUCUGGGCGAAGACAUCAAGGGUCGGAAGGUACAUGGAAAUAGGGAUGUUUGGGUGGUUCAAAUCACAGACCAGGGGGGCUCGGUGCAGCAUGCCCAGAUGAAGUCUGAUGCCCUUUCAGAUGUCUUGGAGAAGCGCCUGCAGCUACUUUGGAAACGGGGUCCGAAGGACGAGAAGACCCUAAAGUGUAUGGGCGAGCUAGCUUCCAGGUACCAGGGGCGCGGUAAAUAUUCGGAGGCAGAGCCCCUCCUCACCCAGCUCUAUGCGAUGCGUAGAGAAGGCCAAGCUGGCAAGGAGAGCGAAAGAGACAAGAGCUUGGCGGCCUUAGCCGGGUUGAUGCACCAGCAGGGAAAGCUCUAUGAUGCAGAGCCCUUCUUCCGGAAGGCCCUGAAGGGUCUCCGAAGUGAGCUUGGAGACGACCAUCCCGACACCCUCGGCUGCAAGGCGGCCUUUGCUGCCUUGCUUGAGGACAUGGGCAAGCAUGAUGAGGCCGCAUUGCUCCUUGCCAAGAAGAAAGCCAUGGUAGCACCAACAGGCGAGGAUCGGCGUACACGCGAGCAACGCGAGCAAGAAGCACGUGGCAAGCUGAAGGCGGCUCUUGCAGAGCACGGCCCGGAACACGAUGUAACCCGGCAGGGCAUGCGCGAUCUGGCGGCAGUGUUGAAGGAGAAGGGCAAUUUCCAUGAGGCUGACAUGCUUUAUCACAUGAGUGGCGGUCCACCUUCCGAAGGGAAGCCUGAGAAAGGGGCCCAGACUGCACAGGGGUCUCCCCAUGCUUUACGGCGGAAGCUUCAGCAAACGCUUGAGAAGUUGGGAGCGACGCAUCCGGACAGCUUGGGUGCCAUGCACUCUUUGGCUUGUGCCUUGCACCAGCAGGGUGAGCUGAGUGAGGCACAGAAGCUCUGCAGCCAGGCACUGAAGGGGCGACGUGAGAAGAUGGGGCGAGGUCACCCUGAUACACUGGAAAGUAUGCAUGAGAUGGGAGUCCUGUUGAAGGAAGCCGGGCGGAUUCAGGAGGCAGAGCAGCUCUUCCGCGAAGGCCUCGAGAGCAGCCGCCAGACCUUGGGCGGUGUCCACCAGCGAACUGUCGAUUUCAACAACAGCCUGGCUCGCAUGCUUGAGGAGAACGGCCGAGCGGGUGAUGUGCCCGCCCCGGCCACCUUCAAAGAAUGGCUGGCCGGGCACUGGACCCCUCAGGCCGGCCAGCCACACCUCGGAAUCCCCGGCAGCGGAUCGCGCCAACCGAAGGGGGACUUGGAUGCGGAAAUCGGGCGGCUCAUGCUGGCAGACGACUCAGACGAGGAGCUUGAGCAUGCUUUGCGGUCCCAGGGCCAGAUGGCUGGUGGUGGUGCAGCUGCAGCGCGUGUGUUGCGGGAAG